UUGGUUUUAAUCUAAGUUUUGAUUUCUUUUCACAGUGCAGCCUUCAUAUUCACGCUUCCUACAGCAUCUCCCAAAAACUAAACGUUCCAAUGGCCCCCCUCUCAGAGCCAAAUGCCGUGGGCAUAGUCAUCGCACAUGGUAGCGUGGGAGAUGCCAUCUCAGUCAUGGUCCCGGACGUGUACAUCUCAGAUGAUGGGGGUUACUCCUGGACAAAGAUGCUGGAAGGACCCCACUUCUACACCAUCCUGGAUUCCGGAGGCAUCAUCGUGGCCAUUGAGCACAGCAGCCGUCCUAUCAAUGUGAUUAAGUAUGCAUGAGCUCAGCUCCACCCA